GCAGAUAUAUUAGUCGUUAAGGCGCUUUCACGUUGAGUGGGUUUCAAGUGAAACUUCUGGUGCAAAUUACAGAGCUCUCAAACAAAAAAUAUCACCAGAAAAAAACUCUAAAACUUAAAAAAAAUAUCACUAAAACGAAAACGGUGCAAGGGUGGUGCAUAAAGACGAAAACAAAGAGUAGCAUUUCAACGUAUGACAUGGCGUAUGAGUGACUUUAUGACUCGUAAAAAAAAAAAAUGCAUUUGCGGCAAGGCUUAUUAUACUGAUACGCGAAAUAAUUUUAAUGUCAAACAUUAUCACUGCUGCAGUAUAAAAUUGCAAAUGUAUAUAUCUACGAGUGAGUACAUAUAAAAACAAGGCAAUAUAAUAUUGUUUAUGCUGUACUCAGCAUGGAUGAGUUUCCAGUUGUUCAAGUGCCAGUCGACGAAGUGCUGGAGGAAGCAGAAUUUGAGCGACUUUAUUCGGCACCCACUGAAAUCAUAGUAUUACUGUCCAUCUUCUAUGGCACUAUAAGUAUAUUGGCAGUUAUCGGCAACUCGUUGGUUAUUUGGGUGGUGGUGACAACACGUCAGAUGCGCACAGUUACAAAUAUGUAUAUCGCCAAUUUGGCAUUUGCGGAUGUCGUCAUCGGUUUAUUUUGCAUACCAUUUCAGUUCCAAGCCGCUUUGUUGCAACGCUGGAAUCUACCGUGGUUUAUGUGUGGCUUUUGUCCUUUCAUGCAGACAUUAACUGUUAAUGUGUCAGUUUUCACACUCACUGCAAUCGCAAUCGAUAGGCAUCGUGCCAUUAUAAAUCCACUCAGGGCGCGACCUACAAAAUGGGUGUCCAAAUUAAUACUCAUCGGCAUUUGGCUGGCGGCAUUUCUAUUUGCAACACCCUGUGCCAUCGCAUUCCGUGUUGAAUUGGAGCAUGAGCGAUACAGAGAGAACGGCAUUAUAUACAAUGUGACCCGACCAUUUUGCAUGAAUAAAAACCUUUCCGAGGAACAAUUACAAACAUACCGUUACACUUUGGUGUUUAUGCAGUACUUUGUACCGUUUUGCGUCAUCAGUUUUGUGUACAUUAAAAUGGCGGUGAAAUUGUGGGGCACACGAGCACCCGGUAAUGCCCAAGACACGCGCGACAUAACACUUCUGCGGAAUAAAAAGAAAGUCAUAAAAAUGCUUAUUAUCGUUGUUGUCGUAUUCGGUCUGUGCUGGUUGCCGCUGCAAUUGUAUAAUAUCUUGUAUGUGACAUUCCCCGAAAUUAAUGAAUACCAUUUCAUAAGUAUUAUUUGGUUUUGCUGCGAUUGGCUGGCGAUGAGCAACAGCUGCUACAAUCCAUUCAUCUAUGGCAUUUACAAUGAAAAAUUCAAGCGCGAAUUCAAUAAACGCUUUGCCACAUGCUUCUGCAAGACACACAAACUGCUCGACGCGCCGGAGCGCACGCUGUCCAUGCACACACGCGUCAGCUCGAUACGUUCCAGCAGCAUACCCAACUCGUCUAUGCGUGUGCGCAACAAUUUAUGUGGCGGCGGCGGUGGCGUUAACGGCGGAAACGCAGUGGCAACAAAAACUCAACAAACAAUAACAACAACAAAUAAUAAUGUGGCUUACAAAAGUGCCAUUGCAAGCGAAAUUGGACGUGUGAACAAUGAUAAUGCUGUGUCAUUAGAUUUAACUAACAUCGAUGCACAAAACCCGAGUACUAUUGAAAGUAAUAACAGCAACAAGAACAGCGAUAUUACAAAUCCAUACAGCAACAAUGUCAAUAGCAUGCAAUUGCAACAAGUUGAAGUUAUCAACGACGAGCCGCACGCAUAUGUGAGUGAAUACGAUGCAUUGAUAGAGCUUAAGACGCUGACACAUAACGGAAAUAAUGCGAGUGCGACAUAAGUGGUCGAAGUGGUCUCCAGCGCUAAGUGACAAGCAUUAUGUGCAUCUGUGUGGGCGUGCGUACUUUGUAUGAUCGGAUAUGUAGAGCGGCAAAUCCUCGCGUGCUUUAGCUAAGCUUUUAAUCUGCAACAGUGUGGGAAUUAUGCAUUUCGGCCAGCAUUUAAGUAUUAUUACUGCGUUUAUUGAUAGUUUUAAAAUAAAUUUAUAUUAUUUUUAAGUAAUUUAGUGAGUAAAGCUGUAGCUAGUAAUUCAUUUAGAAGCGCAUAUUGAUACACAAGUGAUUUGUUUUUCAUGCUACAGACGGCAGCUUUUUAAAUAUUAAUAUUAUUAAUAGCACUGUGAUCAAAAUAAAGUUUUUGUAUACAAUCAUAAAU